AGAGAGAGAGAGAGAGAGAGAGAGAGAGAGAGAGAGAGAGAAUAUGUUGGGGGGGUCAUUCAGUACCGCAGUUUUCAGUACGUAGCUUGUGGGAUGAGAGACAUAAAGCGGCGCGCACCGAGCACGAGCUCUGCACGAACCGGGGAUUUAUAAAGGUGUGUGUGUGUGUGUGUGUGUGUGUGUGUGUGUGUGUGUACGCACGCACGCAGUGUAGAACUUUGUUGCUUUUUGGUGUUCGUUUUUUUGCCCUCUUGUCGGGAGCAUGGCGGAGCGGAGCGGGCGUGUGAGCUUCCCUGGGAGCGGCGCGAUCAACACACCUGUCCCCAUGAACCUGUUCGCUACCUGGGAGAUCGAUGGGAGCUCCGCGAGCUGUGUGCCCAGGUUGUGUAGUUUGACUCUGAAGAAGUUGGUGGUGUUGAGGGAGCUGGAUAAAGAGCUCAUCUCUGUGGUCAUCGCCGUCAAAAUUCAGGGCUCAAAGCGGAUCCUGCGCUCUCAUGAGAUAAUGCUGCCCCCUACAGGAACUGUGGAGACUGACCUCGCCCUUACCUUCUCUCUGCAGUACCCUCACUUCCUGAAGCGUGAAGGGAAUAAGCUUCAGAUUCUGCUGCAAAGAAGAAAGCGUUAUAAAAACCGCACCAUUCUGGGCUACAAGACUCUGGCUGUUGGAUCUGUCGACAUGGCAGAGGUGAUGCAGCACCCUGCAGAUGGAGGACAGGUUCUGUCUCUCUGCAGUAAUCAGAAGGAGUUAAUGGGAAAAGUGGCUGAAAUCUGGAUUUACUCCCUCUGUAGUCAACCAAUUGACCAUGAGGAGGCAGGGCUAAUGAAGAGCAAACGUUCUGAGAAUUACUCAGAGGAGGAGUAUGAGAGUUUCUCUUCAGAGCAAGAGGCAAGUGAUGAUGCUGCACACACACAGGAUCUUGAAGAUGAUGAGUUUGAUGUGAGGAAAUCUAAAAAACAUCGACGCUCAAUCGUGAGAACAACAUCCAUCACAAGGCAGCAGAACUUUAAACAGCGAGUCGUCGCUCUGCUUAGACGUUUCCGUGUCUCUGAUGAGGUGCUGGACUCGGAACAGGACCCAGCGGAGCCACCACCGGAAGUGGAGGAGGAUCUGGAGAGUUUGGACUUUGAGAACCCGAGUGACAGUCCAGACCUGGAGGACGAUGACAGUGUACUGAGCACGCCCAAACCCCAGCUCAAGCCAUAUUUCGAGGGUGUGUCUCUCUCCAGUUCUCAAACAGAGAUUGGCAGCCUUCACAGCGUGAGGAGUCACAGAGAACCGCCCAGUCCGAUGGAUCUGGAUAAGCAGAAGAUUUCUGGAGGAAAGUUUCAGAUGGAUGACAUGUCAGAUGGCAUCACUUUUGCGCAGCUUGAAGCCUUGACCCCAACCACAGAGUUGGAGAUGAUGGACAACAUAGACUCUUUUUUGGAGAAGCUGCCACCUACAGGCAGAAUGAUUAAAACUGAGUCUCUCAUUAUCCAGUCUAACAGGCAGGAGGUAAAGCAGGUCCGCAGAGGGAGGAGCACAUCACUGAAGGAACGACACACGAGCCGACCACCGAAUGAGAGAGCCAACAGUCUGGAUAACGAACAUCCACUGCAUACACACUGUCCUCUACAGAUUCCCCGUAAAACGGUUUACGAUCAGCUGAAUCACAUCCUGGUGUCUGAUGAUUUUCUUCCUGACAGCAUCAUCCUCAUUAACACCUCUGACUGGCAGGGCCAGUAUCUGUCUGAUGUCCUGCAGAAUCACACUCUCCCUGUUGUGUGUACGUUCACCACAGCUGACGUUCAGGCUGCAUUCAACACCAUCAUCUCACGAAUACAAAGAUUCUGUAAUAGUAACUCCAUCACUCCGUCCCCGGUGAAGAUUGCAGUUGCAGGUGCACAGCAUUACCUGUCCUCUGUGCUCCGCCUCUUCGUAGAUCACCUGACUCACAAGACUCCUGAUUGGCUGGGAUACCUGCGCUUUCUCAUUAUUCCACUAGGAGCCCAUCCUGUGUCUGAAUACUUGGCUAGUAUUGAUUACAGGUAUAACAACUUGUUCAAGGACUUAGCAUGGAGAGAUUUAUUCUACAAACCUGAAGCUCCAGCUAUAGUGCAGGAGAAUCCUGAUGUAGUCUCCAAGGUAACUCAGUACAUGUUGGGAGCAAAUGGAGCAUAUCAACUCCCCAUAGCAGAGGCUAUGCUAACUUACAAGCAAAAGAGGAAAAAGAGUUUUCAUUUUGAUUUUGCACUAAGUCCAGACGAAGACUCGUGUCAGAAAUUCAUCCCCUUUAUAGGUAUGGUGAAGGUGGGGCUGGUGGAACAGAGCUCUGCUGUAUCAGGUGACUCAGAUGAUGCAGCUCCAUUAGCAUCUCUGCUCUCCUCUACUCCUCCGCAGAUCUCUCCAGCUUUGAAAGAAGUUUCUCCCACUCCUCCGUCCUCUCCUUCUAUUCACUCGUCCCUCUGCAGUUCCCCCGGGAGUGGACAGGGGGAGCUGAUGGGGCUGCAGGUGGAUUACUGGGUCGCACCGUCAGAAAAGAAGAGAGAUGUGGAGAAAAAAGAUUCAGUCUCCAAAAACACGCUUAAGUGCACUUUCCGCUCACUGCAGGUUAGCCGCCUCCCACUGGGUGGAGCAGAGGUGGGGUCAACAAUGUCAAUGACUGUUGUCACCAAGGAGAAAAACAAGAAAGUGAUGUUUCUGCCAAAGAAAACAAAAGAUAAAGAUGUUGAGUCAAAGAGUCAGGUGAUUGAAGGAAUCAGCCGAUUGAUCUGCACUGCCAAACACCAGCAGACCAUGCUGAAAGUGUCUGUAGAUGGUGUGGAGUGGAGCGAUGUAAAGUUCUUCCAGCUCGCUGCUCAAUGGUCAUCUCAUGUUAAGCACUUCCCCCUCGCCAUCUUUGGACACUCCAAAGGACCCUUCUGAACUUUAACCCUCCUUCUUGCCCCUGCCUCACUCCAGCCUUUAAACUCUCCUGUGUUUUAGUUUAACUGAAGACUAAUGAACUGAUCAGUUGAACAUGUGGGUUGAUUAACCAGCUAACUGACACCUGUCCCAGUGUGGAAUGUUCCAGAAUAUGUUAUGGUGUGAUCCGUGAUGGAGGUACAAGAGCAGCAUCACUCUGUUUUAUUUAACUGAACACGUCUCGACUUGUUUUGUUCUGUUUGAUUGACUGCUAAACAUCAGGCUUUACUCCUGUAAUAGAAUAAUGACUCACUUUUCACUCCUGAUUUGAUUCAUUUGAAUUGCUCAUGUAUGUGAAUUGAACUUUUUACUUAUGAUUUCAUGAUUCAGCUCAUUUAAGUGAAUCAUGCUUUGUGAUAUUUGAUUAAUUUGAUUGAUAUGACUCACUUUUCAUUCUUUCUAUUCAAAACAAUCCAUUUAAAUGAAUUGAUCUCAGUUCUGACAUUUUUUAACUAUGAGUUUAAAUGACAGUUUGCUACGUUUUCUCAUAAUGUUUGCUCUUGUCCACUGUUUUUGUGUGUGUGUGUGUGUGUCCGAGUGCGAGUGUGUGUGCGAGUGUGUGUGCGAGUGUGUGUGCAUGUGUGAGUGCGAGUGUGUGCGUGCGAGUGUGUGUGUGUGUGUGCAUGUGUGAGUGCGAGUGUGUGCGUGCGAGUGUGUGUGUGUGUGUGUGCAUGCGAGUGUGUGAGCGUUUGAGAGGUUAAAGCACUUUUUGUGUUUAGUUAAGAGCAGUUCUUAGCUUUUAGGUAAUUACAUGCCUGUUCGUGUUAAGGCCAUAAUACUUGGACACUAGUGAAAAAUGUUCAGUUUAAUAUUAUGUAUUGUUUUUAUCAGAAGUGUUUGUUACAGAUUGUGUGUAUUUAUUAAUGAUGGUUUAGAAUUGUGCGAGUAAACAGUUCUCAAACAAACGCUUUAGAGAUCGUGCCUUGUAGCACAUUUAUAAACCCCUUAUAAAGUACAUAUGAAGAGCAUCAUCACUGUCAGUAUCUCUGUUCUCUUAUAUUAUGAAGUUAUUAACAAGUUUGUUAAGAUUCAAAACGUAUUUUAUUUAAAUGAGCAGUGUAGAGAUACAAUGCAUGCUGAAAAGAAACAUUAGGAUCCUUUACAUCACAAAACAUUAUAAGGUUAUUUUAUUCUUAAACACCACCAGGACCCCAGUGACAACAGACAUAACCUUAAUGAGCAGACGGCCACCAGAAGAAAAUCAGGAACCAUUAGGACCAGCACAUUCUUAUAAUCCAGAAACGCAUUAGAAAUCAUUAGACCCUGUUAGAAAUGUGUAAUGUUGGUGUGUGUCGAGACGUCUGAGGGUCGAUGCUCCUGAAAGUGUGUGAUUCAUAUUAGUAUAUAUACUCAGAGACAGCGUUUAAAACAAACUUGUAAGUGAAAAAUGAAUGCACUCUUAUGGUUAGUCAGGAUAUUAACUCAUUUAUCUAAUUACAACAUCGCCAUGUUUUAACUCCACCAAUAAGGAAGCAGCGUUGUACCAAAUGUCUGAAUAAACUAAGAUGAGGAAACAUGUGUGUGUGUGUGUGUGUGUGUGUGUGUGUGUGUGUGUGUGGUGCUGUGGCUCUGCAAGACUUUUGUUUUUGUAUUUUUAUUUUCACCUCAUAAAUGUCCCAUAAAGAUGGGUGUUAAGUGUCUACAGCAGGACGGAGAUAUGGGACAUUAUCUGAUGAAUAUUUGUUAAGUUUAAAAUACUACCACUGUGUUAAGUGAAGUGAAAGUAAUAAACUACACACACUACAAUGA